AUGGUGACGACAUCUGGCUACCCGCUCCCACGACGGGUGUCCGCUGAACUUGGCCCGCACCACCGUCGGGGCCAGUGCAGAGGAGUUUACAUUGGCUACCUUGAGAUCAUGAUGAACCAACAGGUCUACAAGGUUGUCGAGUACAACCAGUGGAAGGAUCUCAAGCGUCUGAGGGAGAUCGUCCUACAGGUCGAAGGGAUCAGCAGACUGCAUCAGCGAGAUGCGAUCGUACCAAUCAAGAAAUCCAUCGGUUGGUUCUAUCUGGCAAUGCGCUGCCACAUCCGAGGGAGAACAGAUGCAGUCACGAAGUUCCACCAAACGAUCAAGAUGUACUUUGUGGGAGGAUUCCCAUCUGCCACCUGCCGUUGA